GCACUUAAACGCAGCAACAAGUUGUUGUCGCGGAAGUUUGUUGACGUCACAAGCUGAUCUGCGGUCUGUUAUGUGAGCACGUGACUACAGACUCUGUUCGACACUGACUGAGAACAAACCGACUCCAGGUCAGCUCUUCUUCAGGGAGGCAGGAAGUCAAACUACUGCCACCGAAACCAAACUCUCACACAUUAAACAGACAGACGUAGAGUUAAGGGGGGAUAUAGAGUAGAUAACAGCGUCUAGAGAUGGACAAGCUUCGUCGUGUGUUGAGCGGACAAGAGGAGAAUGAAGAGCUGGGACUCACUGACACGGUCCUUGAUGCCAGCACUCUCAGCUACAGCACCAGGGUGAAAUGGUUCGUCAUAUGCUUUGCUGGAGGCAUCCUGUGCUCAAUACUCGGUUCAGCAUUGCUGUUUCUUCCAAAUGGAAUCAAGCUUUUUGCCGUCUUCUACACCGUAGGCAACAUCGCAGCUCUUUCCAGCACCUGCUUCCUAAUGGGACCACUAAAACAGCUGAAGCGCAUGUUUGAACCAAAAAGACUGAUAGCCACCAUUGUUAUGCUGCUCUGCCUUGUCUUAACUCUUUGUGCAGUGUUUUGGUGGCAUAAAAGAGGGCUGGCUAUCAUCUUCUGUAUUAUGCAGUUUUUGGCAAUGACAUGGUAUAGCAUCUCUUACAUUCCAUUUGCCAGGGAUGCUGUGAUGAAAUGCUUCACAACCUGUCUGAGUUAGGACUCCUUAAGCCCACAAUUUGUGUGAAGACUGGUCCUAAUAUGCAAACUGUAAGAACAGUGGCUCUGUAAAAUAUGCAUCUAUGUUGUUUAUACACACUAUAUCUCCAGAUUUUUACUAUGGCUUGUUUCGUACUGUGAAUCCUCGCUUUUUUAAGUCUAGCUGAAAGUCUAAAACUAUAAUCAGAUUAUAACACCUUUUGCUUUUGAUGUGAGAGAAAUGAGUGCCUUUAACGCUUAAUAUAUUUAAAGAUAUUCCAAUGUUUUCUGAGGAUUUUAAACCAUUGAAGUGCAGGGAAAUUAUUUUGACUUUGCUAUAAUUUACAACUCAAGUACCUUUUCAGUAUGAAUGUGUGCCUUUACAGUAUAUACAUAUCUACAUCUUGAACCUUUUGCUUCUGGGUUUUGAAGUGGUGCUCUGACUUCUUGCAAACAAAGCAUUAUUAAAGCAGAUUGUCUUUCUGUUUUCUGUAUGAGGCACUGAUGUAUAAACAGGCUCUCAGAUGCUAUUCCAUGUUUAUAUAUGAUUCUUUUCCCUUGGGCAAUUUAGGCACUGCUUCACUGAUAAUGCACUGGAAUAUAUGAUAUCCACAGCUCUUUUGAGGUCUUUCCAGCUAAAUGGAUUAAAAAAAAAUCUGCUCCUGUC